AUGUCAUCAGCCAAAUCCAGGCUUUCAAGCAUAGCCGCACAUUUUCUACCGUCCCCAUCCGCCUCAAAUGGCAAGUCGAUCGACAAUCUGAGCAUUGGAAACCAUACCGUCGGUACGCCGUCAUGGUACAAUAAUCACACGCUCUCGCCCACCUAUUUCCUGCCGCGUGCAGCUGAGAUCGAACCCAAUGCGCCGGCCAUCUACCACCGCACCGCCAACAAUCACAUCAUUCGCAAGACAUACCAAGAAUUCGCCGACCGAGCGCGUGGGUUUGCAUAUUACUUGAAGAAGAAGGGAUACAAGAGGGUCGGAAUCCUGUGCGCCAACACGCCCGCGUUUCUCGAAGCAAUCUACGGGAUUGGCGGUGCGGGUGCCAUUAACAUUGCUAUCAACUACCGCUUGAAACAGGAUGAUAUAGCCUAUAUCUUUGACCAUGCGGAUGCCGACGCAAUUAUUGUGGAUGCGGAGUUUGUGUCGUUGUUGGACAACUACAAACAGACACAUCCUGAUGUACCGUUGAUCAUUGACACGGAUACUGAGGCGGUGGAUGGCCCUGAUUGCGGUCCAUUCGAUCGAGCUGUGCUCGAGGGCUUCGAGCACGAGCGGUCGCUUGGUUCUCAAGGAUGGGCAGGCCUGCAGGUGCAGGCGCCUAACGAGCUUGAGGUGAGUGCGCUCGCUUACACAUCAGGGACGACUGCACGACCGAAGGGUGUGGAAUAUACGUAUCGAGGCUGCUACCUGGCGGCAUUGGGCAAUGUCAUCGAGUCGGGGCUUAGUUACCACGAUGGCGAGCGGUGCAGAUACAUGUGGACGCUACCUAUGUUCCACGCCAUGGGCUGGACAUUCCCGUGGGCGGUGACAGCUGCGCGAGGGACUCAUUACUGCUUGCGAAAAAUCGAAUAUCCUGAAAUGUGGCGGCUGUUGAAGGAGGAAGGCAUUACGCAUUAUUGCGCAGCACCGACGGUCAACACAUUGCUCUGUGCAGACAAGAAUGCGGCCAGACUCCCAAAGCCCGUUCGGGUCACCGUGGCCGCAAGCCCUCCCACUGCACACUUGUUCGAGCAAAUGACCAAUGUCAAUCUCCAGCCGGUUCAUGUGUACGGUUUAACGGAGACGUAUGGCCCCAUCACCAAAGGGUACAUCCUCCCCGAAUGGCAUGAAUAUUCCAACGUCAAGGACAAAUAUGCCAAAAUGGCACGGCAGGGCCAUGGAUUUGUGACAUCCCUUGGUGUACGAGUCAUCAAGACCGAGGUGCCCGAAGGAGUGAUCGAGGAUGUGGCCAAGGACGGGAAGGAGAUUGGUGAAAUCGUAUUCAAUGGAAAUAUCUGUGCGCGAGGCUAUUACAAAGAUGAAGCAGCGACGAGGAAACUCUACCUUGGUGAUGUUCAGCAUUCUGGUGACCUGGCGGUAUGGCAUCCGGAUGGGGCAAUUCAGAUUCUUGACCGAGCGAAGGAUAUCAUCAUCUCGGGUGGUGAGAAUAUAUCAUCAGUCGCUCUUGAGUCGAUAUUGGCAACACACCCCGACAUCCUCGAAUGUGGUAUCGCAGCGAUUGCAGAUGAGAAGUGGGGAGAAGUACCCAAAGCAUUUAUCACGAUUCAAGCGGAAGCUCAAGUGACAGGAGAGGACGUGAUUAAAUGGGCACGCAAACACCCGGGCAUCAGUCGGUUCAUGGUACCGAAAGAGGUUGAGAUUGUGCCAGAAUUGCCCAAGACGAGCACUGGCAAGAUCCGAAAGAAUGUGCUGAGAGAUUGGGCCAAAGGAAAGUCGCGCGACGGCGAGUGA